CUCAUGCGGAUAUUCCGGAGAUAAAAAGGGUAACACUGGGGUAAAACAUGGAGGAAGAUGCAAAGAAGAGUGAAUUUGUUCCACUUUGUGGAAUAAUGACGCAUGUGUUAAAGUAUGGUACCACAGAAAAUUCAAAAUAUCUGUUUCUGAUCAUUCCAGGAAAUCCAGGAAUUAUUGACUACUAUGAGCGAUUCAUGCAGGUUCUCUACAGGAACUGUGAUCAGAAGAUUCCUGUAUGGGGCAUAUCACAUGCUGGUCAUGUGACAGUUCCUAAGAAAACAUUAGAUGUCGAAAAGGCCUCUUAUUCUGUUUGUUCUUUGGAAGGACAAAUCAAGCACAAGAUUACAUACAUCAAAGAGCACAUUCCUACAGAUGUUAAAUUGAUUUUGAUUGGUCAUUCUAUUGGAUGUUACAUGAUCAUGAGGAUUUUGGAUGAGAUAGACCAUAGCAAUGUUCUAAGAUGCUUUCAGUUAUUCCCCACUAUAGAAAGAAUGGCACUGUCUCCAAAAGGCCAGGUAGCUACGCCCAUGUUAAAAUACCUCCGCUGGCUGGGGACAGCGAUAGUUCACGGUGCGUCUUAUUUAUCCCCCCACGUACAGUACAGACUGCUUCUGUGGUAUUUCAGUGGCCGGAAAAUACCGGAGUCUGUGUACAAUGCCUCGAUGAACCUGUUUGACCCGUUCUGUGUCAGUAACGUGAUGUACAUGGCUAACCUUGAGAUGCAGCAGGUGGCCGCCUUAGAUGAGGAACUGGUAGAGAGGCACCUCCCCAGGAUGAGUUUCUACUAUGGCGAAGACGACCAUUGGUGCCCCAAGUCUUACUAUUUUGACAUGAAGAAGAAAUUUCCCCAUGGGGACAUCAAACUUUGUCAGAAGGGCUAUGAUCAUGCCUUUGUUUUAGAAGCGAGUGAUGAGAUGGGAGACAUUGUAUGGGACUGGUUACAGGCAGAUCUGGCUAAGCUGGUAUCUUGAGAAGCAACCAGUGGAAUGAAAAAUUAGCUCAGAAAACUUUCAUUUUAUCACCUCAUUGACAUGCAACUAUCACUGAUUGAAUGCAAGAAAAUAUUCUAGUGAAUAAGAGGAUGGAAAAAAAUAGUCACAGAAUAGUUUUACAUUUUAUGCCUUAUGGACAACUGAAUAAUACUACAUAAUGUUGUGCAAUGUGUUCAAUUUUCAAAAUGUCUCGAAUAUGUAAACAGUAUAUUGCCUUAAUACCUCAAACUCAGUGUGACAGAGAAAAAAUUUAAGGUAUUGAAAGGUAUGAGAAAUUAAUUAAGAAAUAUAUUGAAAAAAUAAUGGUUAGGACUCUCAGAGCAAUUGAUGUAUCUAUGGAGUUGUUGGAGUUUGAGAUACAGAAGUUCUACUGUGCAUUAAUUCUGUGUGGAUUUCUACAGUAAACAGUACUGUUUUAUGAAAUUCCUAAAUAUUUAUGAUUUUAAUUGUAUAUAUAUUAUAAAUGUUUUUACUGUAAAUAGUAUUUGAAAGUGGUUCUAAUGCAUUUUUCGAUUGUGUAAUUAUCAUUUUUAAGCCUGUGAUACACAAAUACUCUUGUGAUGUUUUGCAUCCACAUUGAAAAUGAAUUAGAAAUGUGUCCAUAAGCUAAGAAUGCCACAUGCUAGCUCACUCUGCUUUUUUUUUGUAAAUUAAGAAAUUUGAGACCAAGACAUGGGAAAUGUCUGUUAUUUAUGGUUGAUUAAUAAAUUUAUACCAGAACUUUUAGCAAA